AGAAUGUUAUAAGUAUAUAGACCAAAGAGAAAAAAAUAUCAUCGUUUAUACUUUGGUCUCUUUACAAAUACAUUGGUUCGAACAAACAUAGAAAUUCACUUCUCCCUUUCUUCUUCUUGUUGGCAACAUUAGGGUUUUAGCAGACCACACCUCUCUAGGGUUACUAAAAAUGGUGGUUGACCAUGCCAAGAAAUCAAAGACAGAGGAAAACACAGAUCAAAUUGACACUGAUCUUGUUCUCUCAAUAGAGAAACUUCAAGAAGUUCAAGAUGAGCUAGAAAAGGUUAAUGAACAAGCUAGUGAGGAGGUAUUAGCAAUUGAACAGAAGUAUAAUGAGAUAAGGAGGCCUGUUUACGAGAGAAGGAGUGAAGUCAUCAAAUUGAUUCCUGACUUUUGGUUGACUGCUUUCUUAAGUCACCCUGCCCUUGGUGAGCUUUUGAAUGUGGAAGAUCAGAAGAUCUUCAAGUACUUAGAUUCUCUUGAUGUGGAGGAUUUCAAAGAUGUGACAUCCGGUUACUCCCUUACUUUUAAAUUCAAACCAAAUCCUUAUUUUGAAGAUACAAAACUUGUCAAGACAUAUACAUUCCUGGAUGAAGGAUCAACAAAGAUAACCGGUACGGCUAUUAAGUGGAAGGAAGGCAUGGGUGCGGCUAAUGUCAGUAAUCCUGAGAAGAAAGGAAACAAGCGGCCACCAUCAGAGGAAAGCUUUUUUAGUUGGUUUUCUGAAACUCAGCUUAAAGAUAUUGCGGAUGGGCUUAGUGAUGAGGUGGGAGAGAUAAUUAAGGAGGAUUUGUGGCCUAAUCCGCUGAAAUAUUUUAACAAUGAAGCUGAUGAAGAAGAUUCCGAUGGAGACGAGGACGAUGAAGAGGGAAGCGACGAUGAUGAGGAAGAUGAGGAUGAUGGCUGAACUCGCUUUUAGCUCUUUAAUUAAUCCCUUCUUCUAAACUAUGCUCAUAUUGGUGUCAAAUAUAAUUUUCAGCUGUGGAAUACUCAGUCUCGUAGGUAGCUUUGAUUUCUGAGAUGACGGUUAAAAAACCUAUUAUGUACCUGGCCAGUAGAUUUACCCCGGAUGGAUAUGUAGAUGCUUUUGAUGCCCCAAAACUCUUUAUUGCCAGCCUCAUUGGAUUGACUA